AUGGUUCAUGUCACUGAUGAAACAGCACUGCCUGGAUGGACCGGCUUUAACACCAUGCUUAUUGAAGAAAUACCUGAGGUAUCGAGAGUGGGUUACCUGCCAGUUAUAAACGCGCCACCAACUGAAUAUUCUACAAUUAAUGAAAUUCUUAAAAGAAGCAAGAAUAUCGCAGAGAAGCUUGACUUACAAUAUGCUGUCUUAGUCUUUGAUGAAGCAGUUUACUCUAAAGUCCAGCACAUACGAUGGAAAGAACCCGUUUACUAUGAUAAACUGGUCGUACGUCUUGGAGAAUUUCAUACUGUCAUGUCUUUUCUAUCUGCAGUGUCAAAGCUCUUUGAAGAUGGAGGACUUAAGGAUCUGUUAAUUGAGUCGGGUGUUGUGAGCGAAGGAUCCGUAAAGAGUGUCCUUUCUGGAAAGAAUUACAAUAGAUCGAUGUCAUGCCAUAAAAUUUUGUACGAAGAUAAAGGUUUCCGCGAUUGUAUUGAAAGUGAACUGUUUGAGGAAAUAUGCGAAGAGUACGAAAACUUCAUACAAAAUGCAUCCUCAAAAUCAAGAACGUUUGCUUUCUGGAGUUGUAACAAGGUCAAAUCUACAGGACAUACACUUUGA